AUGUCCGUCGUCGCUGCGAGUCUCCGCGGCGACGAAGACUUCGAAGGGGACGACAUCGGGGAGGCCAGCGUCGCGGACUCCUCGCGUUCGGAGGAUCUGUCGGGCUCGGCAUCGCCACCGCCGGAGUCCAAAUGCACGACUGUCCAGACACGGUCGCGGUCGCAGAUCCUGGUGGCCCGCUCACCAAGCCGCCUGCCCUACCUGGCCGUGUGCAGCGUGGGCCUCCUCACGGUCCUCGUGGGCGUCGCCGUCACCACGUACAAGCUGCACACGGGAGGCGCCAUCAUGACGCUGUUCAACAACACGAUGGCCAUGAUGCGCCGCGUCGGGAACGUGUCGGAGACGGGCGACGGCAGCAUCCUGGCCAGCGCGGACGGCCGGUACCUCGCCAGGCACGAGAGCAAGCUGUUGCUGAGCCAGUCCAGCUGCCGGAGCGACGCGUGCAUCUGGGCGGAGAACUACCUGCGCGGCCGGCUCAACUCCAGCGUCAACCCGUGCUCCGACUUCUACGCGUACGUGUGCUCCAGGCACUGGACGUCGCGGGAGCUGGACCUGCAGUCGAGGGCCUACCACGAGAGAACGGUCGGCAUGAUGAUGACGGACGUCGAGAAGUAUUUCCGGCAAUACCUCAAGGAGAACGAGGAGCGCUACCACAAGUACCCCGGCGUGUUCCUGCAUCAAGCCAUUGCCCUGCUGCCCAAGUGCCAGUCCGAAGAGAAGAACGACAAGAACCUCAAGUCGCUCCGCAGUCUCCUGGAGGAGUACAACCUCGGCGGCUGGCCGUUCAAGAAGGCGCCGCGCGGUUCCAACGUCGUCACCAUCUCGGCGUUCGUUGAUCGCGACCUGGGCGUCUUCGCUUUCGCCAAGGUGUUCCUGCGAAAGUCCUUUGAGGACGACCGCGGCUACACAGUCUACAUAGACGCGCCCAGCUUGACGAUCAAGAGGUACAACCUGGCGCAUCUCGAAGAAUCACCGGAGAACUUCACUGAGAAGGUAGCCCUCGCGCUAUCCCUCCUUGACAAGAAGCAAGACAUGUCCGAACAAGCGGAAGCGAUAUCCCUCCUGGAGAAGAAACUCCAAAGCGUUAUCGGUGCGCCGCGCUUCGUUGAUUUCCAGGAGAGGAUCAAGCGCGUCGGACAACUUGACCGCAAGGGAAAGUGGGACUGGAAAGAGUACCUCACCAUCCUCUUUCAAGAUAUCGAGACUUUCGACAACGACAAGCCAGUGGCUGUGAUCAACAACGAGUACAUCAGCAAACUGGCCGUCAUCCUUAACGAGACAGACACAGUGACUCUUUUGAAUUACCUGGGCUACCGCAUCGUGGUGCACCUGUCGCCUCUUCUGGCCAAGGUUGCUAGCCCGCUGCUGCGCCUGAGUCACGACGACUACCUAGAGUUUGUGCCGGACCGGCUUCAGGCUUGCAUGCACUUGCUAGAGCGACUAUACAAGCAAGGCAUGCGUUUCUUCGGCAGGAUGACCUUCAGCAAGACCAACUCGACGCUUCUUUUGAAGCACUACGACUACAGCAUGUCCAUCCUCGAGCCGCAGCUCAAGAGCAGCAUGACCGAUCGCCUCCUCUCGUCUUCGUCGUGGCUGGACCGUUCGGCGAUCGGCAUUGGCGUCGACAAGAUCGAGAACAUGCGCCUCGUUUUCCUGGGCAGCACGGAAGACAUCAACACAGUCGCCAGCUACUACAACUUCAACGCUCAGCCCUUGGAUCCAAGUCACCUUGUAGAGAGCUUUCGCGACCUCCAGGCCGGAACUAGGAACGUCUACUGGGAGACCAAACCACCCAAGGACGACCUCGACGCUAGGUAUGACCACACGGCCCUUACACCGGGGCACGAGUACUUCUUCGGCCGCAACGUUCUCUUCAUUCCACACGCCAACAUCGCCUUCCUCAACGACAUCGCCAAAAGUAUUGAGCCGGUUCUCUUCCCACUUAUCCUCGCUGAAGUCUUCCGAGGCAUGUUCGGUGCCGUGGACAGGCGUGGAGCAACAGUGGACCACAAUCUCGCAGUGGCCACUUGGUGGAACACCGAUGAGAUGAGCAAGUUCUCGCAGCUUGAGCUCUGCUUUCAGGACCAGUACUACGUCGAGAUACGUGAGCUCAUCGGGGACAACUUCGAGGCCAAGACGAGGCUAGAAGAGAACAUCGCGGAUAACGCCAUCAUGGGUCCGCUGCAUGACACCUACAUGAAGGUCCUCAUGUCUCGGGACGGGGCUGAGAGGCUUAAGAUCUCCGUUGACGAUCGGCAACUGGACAUGGAACAACUGUUCUUCAUAAUGUAUGCCGUGGGGCUGUGCGACAACCCGAACCGCGAUGCUUGGGUGCGGAAGCUGAAGUUUGGCGAGAUACCUGGCAAGCUGCGGGUCAACAUUCCGCUCAUGAACUUCGCGAAGUUUUCGUCUGCCUUCGGCUGCGCUUCAGGCAUGACCAUGAGCCCCACACGCAAGUGCACUGUCUGGUGA